AUUCGCAGAUGUGACUCGGUGAGUAUGCCUGCAGGCCCACUCGCGCGCAGCUGCAUGCAAGUGUUCUUUCAUUCAUUUAUACGCAUACACCCACAGUCAUCAAACACCCAUACUUAUAAUAGACACGAUACUUCGCCUUUCGUUCCGCACACAGGACAAUGCCAGCACACAGGACCACAUCAUCGUGUGCGCCACUGCUUUGGCCACAACAUGACCACCAGUACAAAAGCCCACUCAUUUUGCCUGUGGAUGUGGAUGUGGACGUGGACGCGGGUGAUGGGACGCCUUGGCGUUGGUGCUGGGGGACUAUAAAUCUCCUCGUCGGUGCUCCUUGCCUGUCAGUGCCGUCGUGUCGUGUCAUCUGCACUCGUCUAGAUCUCGAAUCCCCCUCUUCUGAUAUGCCUUUCUCGCAACCUACUGCUGCAAGCUUUCUUCCCGUUCCCUCCGCGUUCGCACGUCUUCAACGCAGCAUUAAAGCUCGAAUGCAUGCUUUCUCUGUUUUCGAAACUUGGGUGCCGAAUAUCCUCACCUUGAAGCGCAGGACUUCUCUUUCGUCCCCCCGCAUGGAAAAAUCGUCCUUCACCUCCCAGGGCGCGAAGCGGAGAUCUUUCCUUCCAUUGCUAAAGUUUUCUUCAUCUUCGUCAUCCUCUUGGUCUUCUGGGGACUCGACCUCCUGUCCGAAAUGUGUGGACUCUGAGUCAAGCGUCGAAUCAACCAUCCCCGAUAUUGUUGUGACACCGGCGAGUUCUAUUUGCGCAGUGCUACCGUCUCCUGUGGGCUUGUUUCGAAACGUGGUGUUGAUUGAUUGGUUCUGACCGUUUCACCUAGCCUCCAAUUGGGACCAAAAUUACCGAUCGCUUCUGGCCUGAGGAAGAUCUUGAACUGCGAGAUGAAGCAGCUGGAAAAGGCAGUUUUUCGUCGCCAGGGAUCGUGAAUGUGUUAUCACCUCCUCCAUAUCACCGACGUUCUCCGAGUCUCAUCGUGAAGCAGGACAACGUGCUAUCUAGGUCCGUUUUUCAAAAUCAGUUCCAGUUGAGGGAAGCUGAC